AUGGCUCCCACACCCAAGAUCAACAAGCCCGCCGAGAACCACAAUGUCGGCGACACGGCUGCCCCUCUCGCCGACUACUUCUUCAUAUCCGGCAUUGAAUCCUCGCAGGUCUACGAUGAGCGGCAGGACACAUCACCAGCACCAGCCCCGGUCGAGGACACUAUCGAGGAGGACGAGGCAUUAGUGACGAACAGCGAGAGCCGACCCGAUACUCCUACCUCCCCACAACCACCUUCCGACAGCGCCAAGCGAAGGUCACGAUACUCGUUCGAAGCUCGGAAAAGCAUUGGCAGCAUUAUCAACAGCGGCGAAUACCAGCCCGCGAGCAACCGAAGCAGCACGACCAUCAAAGCGGUCAAGAUCACAGAAGGACCCGGCGGCCUCAGCGACGAUGCCUUUGAAGAAGCGCUUAAGAAGUUCGCUUCGGAGAGAGACAGUUUCUUGGAAGAGAACCACGUUACAGCGGGCGCGGUAGUGGCACCCUCGCACCAGAAUCCGAAGAAGCCACGGCCGAGAACCAUUCGCAUAACACAGGAUGAGGACGGCCCGGCGAGUGGGCUCAGGGGGUCGGUGGGGAGCUUGCAGAGGAGGAUAUCGACGAUGAAGAGCAUGAAGCGGCAGCCUUCUGUGAUGAGUAGGCAGUCGUCAGUCAAGACGUCGAAGCGGCUGAGUGGGUACAAUAGCGUGAUACCGGCUCCGCAACCUUUCAAGACGGCGCCGGACAUGCAUCCGCUGAAGAGGAGGUAUGAGCCGGUGUUGCUCGACAGAUAUCCUACAAAGAACAUGGUGGACGAGACGAAACGAAGGAAACCCUUUCCCGACUACGUGCCCAUGUUCGCCUUCCCCAACGACGUGUCAGUGGUAUCCUCCGACGAACGACCACGAUCGACAUGGCAUGGUUUUGCGAUGACCAACUCGGACAACAGCAAGCUCUACGGCGUUUGCGUGACGAUCUGGGUGCCGCUCAACCAGACAGCAGCAGAAGGGCUCGAACGGCAGUGCGAAGAGUGGCGACGGGCAAACAUGAGCAACGAGGAGCGUGAAUUGGCCAGCAGUCUCGGCGAGCGGCUCUCAGGCGAACGGGCGAAGCUUAGCAGGCUUCUGGCGGAGCUGCCGGCGGCCUCGUCGGGGUCACAAGAACGCGAUGCUUUGGAGGAGCAGAUCAGCGCUGUGGAGGAGAAGAUCGGUCUCAUGACGGAUUUGCUGCGACCCGUACGGCACGCGGCGGCGUCAAAGAUUGACGGUUUGACGGAGGGGGAUACGGGGUUCUGGAUCCCGCGGGUGUAUGGGAUCCUCGGGACGGAUAUCACGUUGAUGAGCUUUUGGAAGGAGUGGUUGAAGGCCGUCGUGGUGCCGAUGAUGAAUGGGGCUGUCUUGCGAGUGCCGCCUAGCUCGCCGAAAGUUGGGCUCUGGCAGCCGCUGGAGAGAUAUGUGGUCAAUCUGUGCGUGGAGGCGCUGAGUCCGAUUACCUCGAUCACGCAGGUGGAGGUUGGCGUGCGGGAUCUCCGGCUGUAUGCGAGGAAGGAGGCGAUCAACGAGAUUCCGGGAUCGAGGAAUACGGAUCUCUACGCGCUGUUUCGGUGCUUGUCGAUUUCGAACAUUGUCGCGCUGUUCGAGUAUGCGCUGGCGGAGUCGAGGAUCAUCUUUCUGUCGUCGCACACGGCGAUGCUGCAGCUGGCGUGUUCGGCGUUGACGAGCUUGCUGUAUCCGAUGAAGUGGUGUGGCGUGCUGAUACCGGUGCUUCCACAACGGCUGAUCCAGGCGUUGGAGGCGCCUUGCCCAUAUAUCGCGGGCGUGGAGCGGCGGUACGAGAAGAUCGAGCUCCCGGAUAGCGAUUUCUGCCUGGUCGACCUAGACGACGACUCGAUCGAGAGCACCGAACCGCCGACACAACUCCCCCGACCCCAGCGGCGGAAACUGAUGUCCCUCCUCCAAGCCGCCGCACCCCACCACAACCGCUACGGCGUCCCCGUCGGCCCCCCGGCCUACGCCAUCGAGACCUUCCCCUGCGACGCCUUCUCCUCCGAGAACCCGCAAGUCUUCACCGCCAACGCCGCCCCGUCCACCCUCGCGACCUACGUCAGCGAGAGCUCCACCACCUUCGGCGACGCGGGCAAUAUGCCCCAGCCCCGGCCGUCCAUCUACAACGCUUUCCUGCAAUCCCGCACCAGCAGUGCUCGCGGCGCCGAUCGCCCUUCCACCUCCUCCACGGGCGCUAACAGCAACUCCUCCUCACAAUCUCCGCCGUCACCUGUCGCGCCUUCGCCCGUCUCGUCGUCGUUUGCGGGAUCGUUCAACUCAUCGACUCCAAUAUCCCGGAGUGAUUCGGGCUUCGCCCUCCAAGCCUCCCUCCGCGAGAAGCGAUCCGGCCAACUCGGCGACGGCCUCAUGCGCCGCAACUCCGCCUUCUCGGGCUUCGAGCGCUUCAGCGGCGCCGUGCGUCGGCCUUCCGCUCCGCUCGUGGGGGUGCCUCCUCAGCAACAACAAACACAAGGGCCCGGGCAUCAACACCACCCGAGCUUGUCCACGUCGAGUCUCGGCAAUGGGUUGGCCUCGCAGUACGCGCCCAGUGUCUACGCGCAGAGCACGUUGGCGGCGAGCACGAUUAUGCCUCACAUGAUGGUGCAGCCCGUGCGGGACGACGAGCGGACGAAGUGGAUGGAGGGGCAUUGUCUGCAUCGGCGGAGCAGGGAUAUGCGGAGUGUGUGUGCGAUUUGCGAUGAGCGGUGCGAUCAGGAGAGUUUUCGGUGUUCGGGCUGCAACCUCACAGUCCACCCCCCCUGCCUCUCCCUCCUCACCCUUCCCUGUCCCCUCGCCUUCCGCGCCGACCAAGUCCGCGCCGCCUUUGUGCGCUGCUUCGCCUCCCUCUUCUACACCUACCGCCGGCACCUGCACCCGGCUUCGGGGGAACGCCGCAAACAGGGGCUGGUGUACCAUUUCAACAUGGACGCUUUUCUGAAAUCCGUUCCCCAUGGGGAUAGCGAGUACAUGGCCAUGUUACGACAGACGCAGGGGUUUAAUGAAUUUAUUCAUGAGAGGGAGAGUUUGCGGCAAGAGGAUCCGCGGGUGAAGCUGUUCGACGAUAUCAUUCUUUCCAAACGGAACCGCGGACGUACCUCGCUGUUCUCUUCGAAAUCCUCUACCUCCUUCCUGGACGACACGAGCGACCACCUCUGGCGCUCCGCCUCCGCUACGCCUCCCAACUCCCGCGUUCCCGGGGACGUGACAGCGACGGCGGCAGCGGUCGGCAGGGCGCCGGCGCACUUGGAGCCCGCGCUGAUGAAGGAGCCGCGGAGUAUUCAGGGGGCGCCGCGGUUGGGGGCGGGGGGUUUGUUGGGGAGGGCGAGGAGGAAGCCUGUGGCGUCUAUGUUGGGGUUGGGGGGGACGAGCGUGGGGGAUCGUUGA